UAUUGCUAUAUAUAGGAUAGGUAAAAAGAAAUAAAUUUAUUUUGGGUGGAGGAAACACAAUAAUACAUGAAAGUUUAUUUUGUCACAUCAAUCAUCUCCAAUUUAGGGCUUAUUCGGAAUAUAGGAUAGGAAAAACGAAGGAAUAGGGAAAAUAUAGAAAUAUGAUAGGAUUGUAUGUGUAAAACAGAGGAUUAAAAAACAUAGGAAUUUUUUGUUCUCCAUGCACAGGAUUCUUACAACAAAGUGGCUAGAGUGGAUUCUUUUUUCCUGUGAAAACAUGGGUAGGGAAUAGUAUUCCUAUGGAAUUCAAGAUAGCUAACCCUUUCAAAUGAAUACAUCUACAGUACCCAGUUCAAAGGAAUCAUCAAUCCUCCAUUUUUCCUUCACAUUUCCUCCAUUCCGAAUGAGCCCUUAAAAUUUUCUCCAUUUUACCCAACUACCAACCAUACAUAAUUUGAUAGAGUAUUAUAAUUAUCUUUUGUAAAUCUUAAAUUUUGCUAAAUAAACAUAUUGGGCUUUUCCUAAAUUACAAAAAUAUUUGGGCCUGUAUGAAAAAUGCAACAGAGAUCUGUUUCGAGAAGAGGAGACACGUGUCAGCGUAUCAUUGGUCAGCACCCGGGGAUUAAAUCCCCGGCGACCGGUAGACCGCCUACUAUAAUCUCCUCCGCCGCCGCACCUCGCAGAGAGAGAGACGCCGCCGCCGUCGCCGCCGCCGGCGACCGGAGAGAAAGAGAGAGAAGAGCAACGCCCACGGCUUCGCCGCCGCUGCCGGCGACCAUGUCGGUGGAGACGGAGCGGAGCUCGACGGAGUCAUCGGCGGCGUCCGGGCUCGACUUCGAGGACACCGCCCUCACCCUCCGCCUCCCGGGCUCCUCCUCCUCCUCCUCCUCCUCCUCGUCAUCCUCCUCCUCCUCGUCGCCGUCGGAGCCCGACCGCAAGCGCGCCUCCGCCACCGACGACGACCCCGACAACCGCCUCGGCUCCACCGCCACCGAGUCCCCCCCUUCCCCCAAGGCGCGGGUGGUCGGGUGGCCGCCGGUGCGCGCGUUCCGGAAGAACGCGCUCGCGGCGUUGGCGGCGGCGUCCUCCAGCAAGGCCAAGUUCGUGAAGGUGGCCGUCGACGGCGCGCCGUACCUGCGCAAGGUGGACCUCGAGGCGUACCGGGGCUACGACCAGCUGCUCGCCGCCCUCCAGGACAAGUUCUUCUCCCACUUCACCAUCCGCAAGCUCGGGAACGAGGAGAUGAAGCUCGUCGACGCGGUGAGCGGCAACGAGUACGUGCCGACGUACGAGGACAAGGACGGCGACUGGAUGCUCGUCGGAGACGUCCCCUGGAAAAUGUUUGUGGAGACCUGCCAACGUCUUCGUCUCAUGAAAAGCUCUGAAGCAGUCAAUUUAGCACCAAGAUCUGCUUGAUGAGUCGCAAAUCUCUGCUCCUGUCUUUGAGAAGCAUGAGAGGAAGCCAUCUUUGCUUGCUGAGGUUUUUCCAUGUCUGUGAGAGAAAUGUGUACAGUCAUCGACUUCGACUUUUGGUUCCAUCGUGCUAUUGAGUUUCAGAAAAGAAAUGGUUUUUAGCUUGUAGCUUUGUUACCAGUCAGUAGUCUCUCCAUAUAGAUGAGCGAAGCGGUGAUGCUUUAAAAUACACCCAUAGAUUGUUUUCUCGAUAAAUAAAAUUGGUCUCACUCACUGAGCCCCUGUUCUUCGACAUGCUUUCUACCACUAGUUUGUUCGAUAAUGUGAUGUGCAUGUGAGGCCUGUGAUGGUGCAAGAAUCAUAUAACUUGUCAUGUUAAUAACUAUUUUGUUGUAAGAUUAUGUUUACUGCAUGGUGUUAUAAGCUAUUUAAAGUUUACUCUUCUUGCU